GCACCAAACAAAACAAGUCACAUUCACAACCAUAUCACAGACCCGUCAACGGCAGGUAAACAAGUCCACUACAUCAUUCGACGUAGCAAAGCAACAACAGUCGCCGCCUUCUUACACCCGCCACCACCACUCCAAUCAACCCAACCACCACCACAUCCCACACACCUAUUCACAAUGGAGUCGCCUAAGUCAGAUACCCGCCCUAUCUUCUCAAGGCGUUCGACCAGCUCGUCCAAGUCGCUCUCUCUCGAUCUUUCCUCCCUGCCGCCUCUGGUCCAGCCGACGCCGCCCACAAACACCCUACUCUUCACAAACCUGAACGAUACCUCUAUCUUCCGCCCCGACAACCUCCAGACCAUUCGCGACCUUGUUCUCAAGACGGCACCCAUUCACUCGUGGGCCCCGCUCAAGUCGUUCCGCCGCAUCGUUGUCUCCUUCUUCUCCGAGGACGACGCUAUCGCCGUGCGUCGCAUCUGGGACGGCGAGGCCGUCAUGGGCGAGCGCGUCCGUGUUUACUUCGGUCAACCCACCCCCGUCGAGGUCACCGAUCGCCACCUCGCCCUUCCCGACGCCGGCAAGCUCUUCUUCAUCUCACCCCCUCCUUCGCCUCCCCACGGCUGGGAGAUGAAGCUCGAGGACGCUCCUAACAAGAUGGUUCACGCCGAGGAUCUCGCCGACGCUCUGGCUAAGCUCCACCACCGUCCUACCGGCAUCGAGACCCCCAUCAGCCCCAUCGACGGCUCUCGCCAAACCCGCAGCAGGAGCUCUACUUUGCUCUACCAGCCCGAUGUCAACGGCGCAAGCCCCGAUCUCCCCGCCAUCUGCCUUGAGGACAUGACCGACGAGCCUAUGGAGUUCAGCCCUAUCGACAACCAAAAACCCAUCAUGGCGCAUACCUCCCGCCCGCCGCUUGAGUUGAUGCAUCACGCAUAAGCCAUGAGAGUGUGUUUCCUUC